UAAAACUCUGGAUAUGCAGAAAUGAGAUUUCGAUCUCUCAACAAUGUUGAUGACAAUGGACAAGUAACCAAAACCCUCGCUGGCAAAUUGGCACACCAAGUUCAACUUUUUUUCCCAUUUUUCAGAUUCUAGACCUCCUCCAAGUACCAAGGAGCCGAGCGUACAAACAGACGGGACCAGGUACCUUUGCGUGUUGCUUCAAAUCAAAAGACAAAAUUUCGCAUUAUCGUACCAUUCGAUUCUGACGAAGUUGGCGAUGGCCGUCGCUUCACUGUCCUCCAAAUCAAGAACCCUGCACUCUCUGUUCCACGCUCUUCGCAACCGGCCCUUCUGCUUCCUCGCUCCGUCUCCUCCCGCCUCGCACCCAGCGUCGGACCCACCACCAUUGCCCGAGCUCGUGAACGACAUCUCCCGCGUCCUCAGCGACCAUCGCAACCCUCACCACGACUUGGAGCACUCCCUGUCCGCCUUCUCCACGCAGAUAUCCGCGAACCUGGUCGAGCAAGUCCUCAAGCGCUGCAAAAAUCUCGGCUUUCCGGCUCACAGGUUCUUCCUCUGGGCCAAGAAACUCCCGGGCUUCGAACACAGCUGCGAGAGCUACAGGAUCUUGGUUGAUGUGCUCGGGAGCAGCAAGCAGUUUGCUCUGCUAUGGGAUUUUCUGCGAGAGACGAAAGACUCCGAGAACUUCGAGCUGAACCCAGAAAUCUUUUUUAUCGUUUUCAGAGGUUAUAGCAGAGCUAACUUGCCUGGUGAUGCUAUAAGGGCGUUUGGUAGAAUGAGUGAGUUUGGGAUUGAGCCGAGUACUGCUGAUUUUGACCAGCUUUUGUACGUUCUGUGUAAGAGGAAGCACGUGAGGCAUGCUCAGCAGUUUUUCGACAAAGCUAAGGUGGAGUUUGAACCGAGUGUGAAGAGUUACAGCAUUCUGAUUAGAGGGUGGGGUGAUAUAGGCGAAGUGAAUGAAGCGCGUAAGCUGUUCGACGAAAUGCUGGGGAGGGGCUGUUCGUUGGACGUUCGGGCGUGGAACAGCUUAUUGGAGGCUUUGUGCAAAGGAGGCAAUGUGGAUGAAGCAUAUAAUAUUUUUAGGGAGAUGGGUCCGAAAGGAUUUGAUCCGGAUGCUUGUACGUACUCGAUAUUCAUCCGAGCAUACUGCGAAGCAAAUGACUUGCAUUCGGUUUUCAGGGUGCUCGACAGAAUGAGGAGAUACAACCUCGUGUCUAAUGUGUAUACUUACAAUUGCAUAAUACAUAACCUAUGCAAGAAUGAGAAGGUUGAAGAGGCUUACCAAUUACUAGAUGAGAUGGUUGAGGGAGGGGUCAUUCCAGAUGCGUGGAGUUACAAUGCCAUUCAAGCUUACCACUGCGAUCACGCUGAAGUCAAUAUGGCUCUGAGACUGUUAUCUAGAAUGGAGAGAGAGAAUUGUGUGCCGGACCGGCACAGUUACAACAUGGUGCUCAAAAUGCUCAUCAGAGUGGGGCGAUUCGAUAGGGCAGAAGUUGUUUGGCAUAGUAUGGGGAAGGUGGGGUUUUAUCCUUCCGUCUCGACUUACUCCGUUAUGGUCCAUGGUCUGUGCAAGAAGAAGGGCAAAUUGGAGGAGGCUUGUAGAUAUUUUGAGAUGAUGAUUGAUGAAGGAAUACCUCCAUAUUCUUCUACAGUGGAGAUGUUGAGAAAUCGACUUCUAGGUUUGGGCCUCUUGGAGCAUAUCGAUGUUCUAGCUGGGAAGAUGGAUCGUAGCACUUGUUGCUCGGUUCAGGAGUUCGCAAGCAUGAUGAGAGGUAACAAGGUGCGUGCAAGAUGGAGAAGCGAAGAAACUGAGCCUGAAAGUGAGUGAACUCGAGAUACAAUUGGAGCUGUGACAGCCUCACAGGUUCUUGGAGAGCGUCUUAUUCAAUGUACCGGUGGUCGUGCUCGUAGCUACCCACAUAAUUAUGCAAUGUCGAUGAUGCAAGCUGAGAAAGUUAAAGGAGGUUGCCCUAAAAGGAUGUGCCUGCUCGACAGCAGAUUUCCGAAGGCACCUUCCCAAGUUGUCAGGAUAAUCGAAACUGGAAGAGUUUCUCUUAACUAAAAUAUUGAUUGUUCUAUUUUCGACUAAAUAAGGAACUGGCAACUAGUGGAAGAGGGGUCACUAA